AGGCUGUAAGAAGUCGACCCCGGUGUUACAGAAGUUUAAAAUUGAACCGAGUAAUGACUCUGUUUCUUCUUCCCUCAGAUUUUAACGGCUGAUGACAAGGAGUUGAACCAUUGGUGCUCUCUGAAGAAGACGUGCAUGUUCAGGUCUGAGAAGGAAGAGAUGAGUGAUUUGAAGAACUAUAAAAUCAAGGCCAAGAAUGAGAAGAAGAAGAAAGAAGUCUUGAGCUCUGUUUACUCUCAGGAGGACAGAGAGCUGACAGAGGCGAAGACCAAGGUGGGGAAGAAGAGAAGAGAUCGUCUGAAGGACGCUGAGAAGCGAGAGGCAGCAGAGGACGGUGACGCCCCCGCCAUCAUGGACUCUGCAGACGACACGCUCGCCCAGGCUCUCAGAGAGGCAGUGGACGAGGAGGAAGAGGAGGAGGAGGAGAUUCUGGUACCCAAGAACAAGAAGAUGAAACAGGAAGAAGAGCCACAGGAAGAGGAGCCGCAGACAGAGGUGACCGCUGUGGAAGCAGCAGGUAAAGAUGACGAGGUGAAACUCAGGACUGAGAGGCCCAAAUGGUCGAAGAAGAAGCACAAGUCCUCCGGUGGACGCCUCAUAUCAGGAAGCAGCGGGGUGAAAAUAGGCGGGCGUGAGUUCAGUCGACAGAGACUGAAGGCGUACGGCCUGAACCCCAAGAGACUGUUCUUCAGACAGCUCGGCCGACAGAGACGAAAAGAACGGGAGAAGAAAGAGAAGCUGAAGAACAAAGAGUGACGACACCUCAGAUUAACUGUCGAUGUACGAUCCUGUGAUUCCUACGGUCCACAAAUUAAACACAUUUUAAAAACAGUCAUUGUUUUAUGACCUCAAACUUACAGUUUGAUUUGGGAAAAAAAAUAGUGUUUAAAAUGGUGGCUACAGAUUUUGAGUUAAUUUGUUUAUACCUACAAUUUAGUAUACAAUUAAUUAAAUAAUGGAUUUGGUGAAA